GGUAAGCGCUAGCCAAAGUAUGGCGUAGGAUCCUCCGAGCUGUUUGAGCUGUUACACAUCGGGCAUCGUUGGCUCUCGGGUGGGCAGAUCGUUCGCGAGUUUGUUGUAAGCUCGUUCCCGCAUACGGCGGUCGGUUUUUGAGCGCCGCGAGACCGGCGGAGCGUUUGCCGGGAUUUGCUAGGAAGCGCGGCACUCUCCGGGAGGCCCGAAGCGGAGACCAAGCGAGACAGGAUGAGCGUCGACGCGUACGGGCCCAGCAGCCAGACCCUCACCUUCCUCGAUACCGAGGAGGCCGACUUGAUCGGCGCCGACACGCAGGGCAGCGAGUUCGACUUCACGGACUUCACUCUACCCUCGCCGAGUCAGACCCAGGCCUCGCAGCACGACGCGACGCAAACCCAACCCAGUCAACCCGUCCAGGUUAAUGGGACGGUUGGAACGUCAUUGGAGCUGAAGAUUUCUGGUGCGGCGCAAAGUCUUGCCGAGUUGCAGUUUGAGGAAGAGGAGGAGGAGGCAUAUUAUAAUCGAGACCUGCCAGACCAUGCGUGCAAGUAUUGCGGCAUCCAUGAAGCCUCUUGUGUGGUUAUGUGCAACGUCUGCCGCAAGUGGUUCUGCAAUGGUCGGGGUAACACGUCGGGAUCGCACAUUAUCAAUCACCUUGUGCGGGCCAAACACAAGGAAGUUACAUUGCACAGAGAUGGACCGCUUGGUGAAACCGUUUUGGAGUGUUAUUCCUGCGCGGUGAGGAACGUCUUUGUCCUGGGAUUUAUACCAGCGAAGGCAGACUCCGUAGUUGUGCUGCUCUGUCGUCAGCCUUGCGCCGCUCAGAGUUCACUGAAAGACAUGAAUUGGGAUCAAGAGCAAUGGAAGCCUCUCAUAGAGGACCGUAGUUUCUUGGCAUGGCUGGUGAAAAUACCCUCGGAACAGGAACAAUUGAGGGCUCGGCAGAUAUCGGCACAGCAGAUUAACAAACUGGAGGAGCUGUGGCGCGACAACGUGGACGCGACCUUUCAAGAUCUCGAGAAACCCGGAGUGGACGAGGAGCCUCAACAGGUUCUCCUACGCUACGAGGAUGGCUACCAAUACCAGAACAUCUUUGGUCCCCUCGUCAAACUGGAAGCCGACUAUGACAAACGACUGAAGGAGUCGCAGACUCAGGAAAACAUCGAGGUGCGAUGGGACGUGGGUCUUAAUAAGAAGACAAUUGCAUACUUCAUGCUGGCUAAGACCGACGGUGACAUGAAACUCAUGCACGGAGACGAGCUCAGACUGCGCUACCUUGGCGAGCUGCACAAACCCUGGUCCGGCAUAGGUCACGUCAUCAAGAUUCCUGACAACUACGGAGAAGAGGUCGGGAUAGAGCUGAAGAACAACUCUGGUGCCCCAACGGAGUGCAUCAGCAACUUCGUAGUCGACUUCAUCUGGAAGAGCACGAGCUUCGACAGAAUGCAAUUGGCGCUGCGAAAGUUCGCCGUGGACGACACCUCGGUGUCCGCCUACAUCUAUCACCGACUUUUGGGCCACGAGGUGGAGGAGGUUCUGUUUCGGUGCCACCUUCCGAAGCACUUCAGUGCCCCGAACCUGCCCGACCUGAACCGCUCGCAGGUGUACGCGGUGAAGCACGCGGUGCAGCGACCCCUCUCCCUGAUCCAGGGUCCUCCCGGGACCGGGAAGACGGUUACGAGUGCCACGAUAGUCUACCAACUGGUGAAGCAAAACGGCGGCCCGGUCCUGGUGUGCGCCCCAUCGAACACGGCGGUCGACCAGCUCACCGAGAAGAUCCACAAGUCGAACCUGAAGGUGGUGAGGCUCUGCGCAAAGUCCCGCGAGGCCAUCGACUCGCCGGUGAGUUUCCUCGCCCUGCACAACCAGAUCAAGAACAUGGAGACGAACACCGAGCUGCAGAAGCUCCAGCAGCUCAAAGACGAGACCGGCGAGCUGUCGAGCGUCGACGAGAAGCGGUACCGGUUGCUGAAGAAGGCCGCCGAGAAGGAACUCCUGGAGGCGGCCGACGUGAUCUGCUGCACCUGCGUGGGCGCGGGCGACCCUCGACUCCACAGGCUCAAGUUCCACUCGAUCCUGAUCGACGAGAGCAUGCAGGCGACCGAGCCCGAGUGCAUGGUCCCGGUGGUCCUGGGGGCGAAGCAGCUGAUCCUUGUCGGGGACCACUGCCAGCUGGGCCCGGUUGUCAUGUGCAAGAAGGCCGCCCGGGCGGGCCUCUCGCAGUCGCUGUUCGAGAGGCUGGUCGUCCUGGGCAUCAGGCCCUUUCGGCUGGAGGUUCAGUACAGGAUGCACCCCGAUCUUUCUCGGUUCCCCUCGAACUUCUUCUACGAGGGGUCGCUGCAGAACGGCGUCUGCGCCGACGAGCGGAAGCUCCUCAAGAUCGACUUCCCUUGGCCUGCCCCGGACAAGCCGAUGUUCUUCUACGUGACCCAGGGCCAAGAGGAGAUCGCCGGUAGCGGGACGUCCUACCUGAACCGGACCGAGGCCUCGAACGUCGAGAAGAUCACGACGAGGUUCCUGAGGUGCGGGGUCAAGCCCGAGCAGAUCGGCGUGAUAACGCCUUACGAGGGCCAGCGGGCCUACCUGGUGCAGUACAUGCAGUACCAGGGCUCGCUACACUCGAAGCUCUACCAGGAGAUCGAGGUCGCGAGCGUGGACGCCUUCCAGGGCCGCGAGAAGGACAUCAUCAUAAUGUCGUGCGUCCGCUCGAACGAGCACCAGGGCAUCGGGUUCCUGAACGACCCGCGGCGACUCAACGUCGCCCUGACCCGGGCCAAGUACGGCAUCAUCAUCGUCGGGAAUCCGAAGGUACUCUCGAAGCAGCCCCUGUGGAACCACCUGCUCAGCUUCUACAAGGAGCAGAAGGUCCUGGUGGAGGGGCCGUUGAACAACCUGAAGGAGUCGAUGAUCCAGUUCGCCAAACCGAAGAAGCUGGUGAACGCGGCCAACCCGGGCUCGCACUUCAUGUCGACCUCGAUGUACGACGCCCGGGAGGCCCUGAUCCCGGGCUCGGUCUACGACCGUUCGGGGGCCCAGGUGAACGGGGCCCAGGGCCACGGGCCCUACUACCCCCGGGGCGUGGCCCUGGACGUGUUCAGCCGGACCCACGACACGAUCAGCUACAUCAGCCCGGAGAGGGCCCAGGCGGCGAUGAACAACGUGCCCGUCCCGGUGGGCAUGUUCAUGAACAUGGCCCACGUGCCGCCCCGCUUCUACAACCAGCACCAGCAGGCGCUGCAGGCGCGCCAGAGCCAACGGACCGGGGGGCGGCGCGGGGCCUCGGCCGCGGCGCCGGCCGGGGGGAAGGCGCGACCCGGCCCUCGCCUCGGCAAGCUGAGCCAAUCGGAGCAGAACACGCAGCCCUACAGCCAGUCGGGGUUGCCGUUGACCCAGGGCACCACCCAGGGCAUGUCGCAGCCCGGCUUCAGCCUCUCCCAGCCGGGACUCUCCCAGGCCGAGCUCUCGCAGGACUCGUUCGCGGUAGGCGAGUUCCAGUCGCAGAUGGACGGCCUCCUGUCCCAGGACUCGACCUACCAGGGCGACCGGAGCGGCGGGUUCUACCAGUCCGGACAGUCCCAGGCCGGGGGCCAGUUCUCCCAGCCGUACUGAGCCGGGACGCCCCUCGGCUGAGCGCAGCGCAUUCGCCAUGCAGCGUCGCGGGAGCGACUGGAAGGCUCGUUCGAUCGGUAAAUCUCUUCUUCGACACCAACGAAUCACGAAUCACUGACGACGCGCGGACAACGGUUCAGGAAAGGGACGGGAGGAGGGACGCACCCUGACGGGGGACUCCGAAUGGUCGACUCGAGGAUCGGUCGGAUGGGACGGAGGAGGCAACGGAGUGCCAACCUUUGCUAACCCGCUGCGCGAGCGCGGCUGCGCGCCAACGAACGGUAACCUCGACUUUGCCGACUCGCCGACUCGCCGACUCGCCGAUCGAGGAGGCCCCGACCCGACGCAGCCGGUGGAACGAGGCCGCCAUGUUGGCGCGCGUCCCGUCGUCACGUUUCAGCGGUGAAGACAACGUUCGCUCGUGGGCGCGCACCCUGUCGUCGUCGGCUUCUAACGGUCCGCCAUCUUGUUGCGACGGAUCCAACAUGGCGGCGCGCGGACCGGCAUUCUCGAAUUAUCUCACUUUGUCCAAGGUACGUCCAAGGUAACUGCACGGCGAUGGGAUCCCGGGGGACCCGGGCGACCCGGGCGACCCGGGCGAGCGGGAAACCGUUAAAAUUAGGCGUUUCGGGGAUGGCGGAGGGCGACUUCCUUUUGAUCCGACGUUUACUUGCCAGCGAUGCGUCGCGAGGCGGGUGGGCUUGGUUUCCACGUAUGGGCUCGUUGCGACUUCGGUAAUACAUAUGGAGAACGGAGGAUAGGUUAGGGCGCAAGGUCGGCGCAAGGGAGGCGGUCCCGUUUGUUAUCUACUUCCCGGCCGAGCGUCUGUUUUCCGACCGAAGAAACGUCGGUAGGGGGUGGAGGUGUUUCUUUCGCAUCGUUUUAAGAGCCGUACCGGCGUGUACGAAUUUGUAGAGGCGUACGUAAGCGUGUUUUUUUUUCUCUCUUAUUCUCCUUGAUUAUUUCCCUUCUACCUUUCAUUUUUCCCCCUUUCCCUUGUCCUCUCUACCGAGGGGAGUUCUUUUUCUCGCCAUGAAUUCUGUGACCCGCGACGAUCUAGGCAUAUCCCUUAAUAUUCCUUUCCGUCGUCGAAUUUCGAAUUUUCGCGCCGGCCCUCGCGCGAGGACGCGUCGGGGUCGCAGGCGUGAAACCCGUUACCUAUAUCCCGCAAUUAAUCUGCAUCAACAGCCAAAUUACACCUUUCCUCUCGUUUUUUUUUUCUUUUCCUUCUAUCUCUCUGACCAACGGCGCACCGCUAACUGCAGCUCACUAUGUGAACAUUUAUUGUAAAAUCUUACGGUAUCAGAAAUAAAUUUGAUUUGAGAAUGCA